AUGUGUCCCCCUCCCCAGCAAGGCAGCCCUGAGGGCAGGUCCGAAUGGCUGAGCUGCAUCCCUGGCCUCCCCCAUCAUGACAACCAAAAACGCCUCCAGAUGCGGCCAGAUUCCCCUGGGGACUGUCACCUGGUGGAGAACCGCUGGGUGAUGAUCUGUCUCCAGUGCAAUGAGGAGUCAAGGCUGAGAUGGAAGCUGGUGCAGGUGGUCAUGUGGUACCUGGCCUGCAGGACCCAGAUGGUGGGCGAGGGGACAGAGACCCCGGCUAGUGCGCCCCGCGGCCCCGCAGGCCCGUCCAUCGGAAAUGGUGAGUGGGCAUUCCCGGGAGUGAGGGAGCGGUUCUUCCGGGGCCGACGCUCAUACAGGACAGGCCGGGGCCACAACCGAAACGCGAUGUGCCCUGUCCCCAGCUCUGUUCACCGAGAGCCCAUCUGCUGUGAGUGCCAGGCCAAAUUUGGGGGCCGCCUGCCGGUGCGCAGGGCUGAGGCAGUGCUGCCUUACUGGGUCCCUCUGUCCUUGAGACCCCAAAAGCAGAUCCAAAAGAUGGUCUGGUUUUAUGUCCCCCAAACCACCAAGGCAUGCCCCUGCCCAUGCCACCACUUUGGGGGCCGCCUCACGAUGCCUAGGGAUCAGGCCGUGAUGCCCUACUGGGUGCCCCAGGUCCUGAGGUCUCACAAGAAGGUGGUGAAAAGGCAGCAGAGUUUUAAAGGCAUCCCAGUCCCCCUGGAUGUGCGCUCUGGGUACAACCGCUGGAGAAUCUGUGGUGAAGGGCGCCGUCUCCUCAAGUGGCAGCAGCUCCAGGCCCUUCACCAGGCUGCGCUGGUGUCCCCGGGGCAGCCAGCAAGCCUCCUGGCCUCCCUCCUGCCCCUCAGCCUCAGCCUCCUGAUCCUCGUCCAGGCCCUACUGAGUGUCAUCGUGGCCAUCUGGUGA